AUAGGAGUUCACUUUUGAGUUUCGUUUUCUCGUGCACUCCGACUGAACAACCGUGGCUACGGUAACUCUGUAAGGAAGUCACAUGAGCAGCACGUGGCACACACUGUUAUCCCGAAUGAUCAGGGUUGUAUUUUAAGAUCUAAAACCUUUUCUUUUUUCAUUUCUCGUUUUCUAAAAGCAUCCAUUAGAGGAAAGAAAGGAAUUCAUAUCCAGUUCUUCACAUUCAGCUCUUCGAGCUUCCCAGUUGUGUGGUGAGGCUUGCUCCUGCGUGAACAAUCAACUGUUUCUGUAAGGAUCAACGGGCAUCGUCAGAAUUUGUGAACUUCUGUUACCCUGAAGGAUCAUGGAUUCCGGCUCUGGGAACGGCUCUAGUGAGCUGGAGGCGGAAUCAAAUAAUGCUGACUCUGUUGAAGUGAUCCUAUCUAGUGGAGAAACAUUGCAAGAACUAGAUAACGUUGGGAAACUUAUUUCCAAGAUCGAACUAGAUUUGGCAUGCGCCUCAGAGAAACUUGUUAAUUUGAGUGUACUUAAAUUGCAUUUGGAAACAAGGGAAAAUUGUUUUGAGGCUUUUGCUGCUGAGGAGCAAUCUAUAAAUGGUUGCCUUGAUAAGGCAUCUGAGUUUGACCUUUUAUCCACGUUCUUGGACUCUGAGGUAAGGGAACUAGGUGGUUUCUUGUCCACCCUUCAAAUGGAGAUUGACUAUUCCCACCAGCUCAUACCUUCACAAGAGGAUGCGGGGGAAUGUUGCAGGAUGUUAAAAGAAAAGUUGUAUGGUUCUGAAAGUUUACUAAAAGACUUAGAAGCUCAGCUGUUGGAAUUGGAGUCACAGUCAUCCAAUUUUCUUAGGAUUCUCUCAACUUCUACUGUGGAUGGAAAUCGGCAAGAUGAUGACAAGGCUUUUGAAAGUAUUGAACUGGCUGCUCCUUUAACUCCAAAUACAAAGAUAAAAAUGGAGACUGCGGAGCAUCAGAGGCAUGUUUUGCAAAUGCUGGAAAAGUCCUUGGCGAAUGAGCUGGAUCUAGAGAAGAAGCUUUCUGAAUCAAAACAAAGUGAAGAAGACUUGAAACAUGGGUUGCAGCAACAGCUGUUAUGCUUAGAAAUAGAGCUUGAAGAUGCUUAUGAAAGGCUGUUUGAGGCAGAAAAUGCUUCUCAAGUUCUAUUGGGGGUUUCGAAAGAGCUUAGAGGAAGACUGCAAAUAACACAAUUUAAAUUAGACAGUGCAUUACAGAUAGAGGGAGACUUGAAGUCUAAAUUGACAAUUUUGAGUGAACAGUUGUCUGCUAAAGACAACUCAUUGCAGAAGUCAGAGAAUACUUGUGAAGAGCUUAGGAAAAAGCUUACCUCAGCUGAUAACAAAUUGAGUGAUACUGAUUUUCGCAAACAUACUGCUACUUCAUCUACUGAGAGUGGCUUUGACAUGAAGGUUCAUGAAAUGGAAGCUAAAUUAAAAGAUCUUAUGGAAAAUAAAGCCAGAGCUGAAAGAAGAGCUGAGGUUGCAGAGGCUGAGUGUAAAUCAUUAAAAGAUGCUAAUAUGGAACUUUACCAAGAUCAUAUUACCCUUAGGAGUAGUAGCAGUUUAACGUGUGAGAGAGUUUGUCUGCUUGAGAAGCAAUUGAAGGAAUCAGAGCUAAAUAUUCAACUUGCAGUAGCAUCUGCUGAAGCCAGUCAGGAGAAACAAACCAUGCUAAAUAUUACCAUCCAGGAUAUGGAAAAUGUAAUUGAGGUUCUUAAGUCGAAAGUUCUUGAAGCUGAAAGUCAAACUGAGAGUGCUGAAGAAAAGUGCAUCAUCCUAUCAGAAGCUAAUGCAGAUCUCAAUGACGAACUGAAUUUUCUGAAGGGUAGAAUGAAAUGCUUGGCAUCAUCAUUGCAUCAAGCUGAGGAAACAAAGAAGGCAACUGCCAGAGAUAUUUGCCUUCAUGCUGAACUGAUAACAGACUUGAUUAUGCAAUUGACACUUGAAAGAGAAAAGCUUCAUAAGCAGAUAUCUUCAUUGGCAAAAGAGAAAAAAGCAUCAGUUAUGCAGUCUGAGGGUAAGGAAACGGUCCCUGAUGUUCCUUUUGAUGGAGAUGACGAAUAUACGAGAAAGUUCAUUCCUGCCAAGCGUGAUGUUUGGUUUGCAAAUUCGCCAAAAGAGAGUGGAGAAACUGCUGAGCUGUCUUUUAAAAAAGUGCAGGACAAACAAUAUAAAGCAAUGCUCAAUGAUGAAGAAGACACUCUUUCAGUAUCCAAGCUUGGUCCCACAAGGGACAUAGAUGCAAGGCAGCUUAAGUUGAGCUACUUCUUCAUAGCUGCUCUUUUGAUUAUGGUUCCAGCUCUUCUGGCUGCUCUGUAUCAGCACAAGAGCAGCAAAUCAUGACGAUGAUUGGUGCCAACUGAGUCGAUUCUGGCUUCAAGGAACCCAAAGCCAUUUUUGAGGGUUAAUGUUGAACAAAAAGAAACAAAGAAGUUUCUACAUGUUCAGGAGACAUUGCUAGUCGAAGAACACCAUAGAAUUUUGUUUGUACCUUCAUAUAACUGUGCUCCGUAGUAGUUAGUUAAAAAAUGCAUAAUGCAUAUAGUAGUACAACUGUACAAGGACACCUGAUUGCCAAAUUACUCACUGACUUCCUUUAGGCCCUGUUUGGUUGGAGGGUUUCGAAAGGGAGAAGAGAAUUGCAUGAUUUGUGUGUGUUUGGUUGAAGGAAAUAGGGGGGAAGAGGAGGAAAGUUGAAGGUUUCCAAAAUCCUCCACUUCCUUCUAUUCUCAACCCCUAAAGGAGGAAACGUGUUGAUAACGACAAACUAUUCAUCAUUUUUCUUAAAAAUGUAAAAAUGUAAAAUCCUACGUGAAUGGACAAAACGUUAUCAUAUAAAAAUGUAAAAAAUAAAAAAUCUUAAAAUCUUAAAAAAAUUAAAUAUUUAAAUUUUUAAAAAUUAAACAAUUGAAAAAUUAAAAAAUAAAAAAAUUAAAAAAUUAAAAAAUUAAAAAUUAAAAAAUUAAAAAGAGUAAAAAAUUAAUAAAUUUAAAUUUAAAAGAUAAAAAAAUUAUAAUAUUAAAAUAUUAAAAAUUUAAAAA